AUGGGCAUAUUCUUCAAGAGUCGAAGCGAAGAUUCGCCCAAGGAAAUCUUGAAUUGGCGUCUAUGGUUCGGUGUCUUCGGUAAGCUUAGCACAUUGGCGCAAGACACGAUCAGUACUGACAAAACGCAAUCAGUCUUCGGCCUGAUGGGCGCCGCCCGUGGCCUCGAUGAAGGGCUGAUAGGCACAUCUGCUUCCCUGCCAUCCUUCCAGAGGCACUUCGGACUGGGCGAAAAUUCCGACUUGAGCGAAUCCGAACAAGCCGACCUCCUAGGCAACAUUGCUAGCAUGGUCCAGAUGGGUUCAAUCCUUGGUGCCCUGAUCGCUUUCUACAUCACGGACAAGAUCGGCCGACUGUGGGCAACGCGACAACUCUGUCUCUUAUGGGUGGGUGGUAUUGCGAUCUUCCUUGGCUCUGCCUCGACCGCGAAAAUUGGUAUGCUGUAUGCCGGCCGGUUCAUCGCUGGGAUGGGUAUCGGCCAGACUACCGUCGUGGCUCCAACUUACCUCGCCGAGGUCUCGCCGCGCUUCACACGAGGUCUGUGCGUCUGCAUGUUUAGCGGGUCUGUCUACCUGGGCAUCAUGUUGUCCUACUUCGCUUCUUGGGGAUCCUCGAUCAACAUCAGCCCCGAUACGCAACUGCAAUGGGUCAUCCCGAACCUCCUGCACAUUUACUUCGCCUCCAUCAUCUUCUUCCUGUCCUUCUUCGCCAUCGAAUCGCCGCGCUGGCUCGUCAAGGUUGGCAAGCACGAAGAAGCUGCCGCAAAACUCUCCAAGCUUCGCAACCUACCUGCCGAGCACUGGUACGUGCAGUCUGAGCUCCUCGAUAUCAACAACCAGCUUGAUCGAGAGCGCGAAGCUACCAUGGGCAACACGUGGUUUGGACCGGUCAAGGAGCUUGUUUCACUUCCAGAGAACAGGUACCGGCUCAUGCUGUCUGUAUUCUCGCAGCUGCUUGGUCAAUGGUCUGGAGCUUCGAGCAUCACUAUCUAUGCGACCCAGUACUUUGCAAUGAUGGGAGUGACUGGAGACCAGGAAGGUCUGUUCGCGACUGCCAUUUUCGGUAUUGUCAAGUUCUGCUCGGCCCUUAUCUGUGCCUUCUUCCUCAUCGACUUUCUCGGACGAAAGAAGGCUCUCAUGAGCGGCAUUUCGCUACAGUUCAUCAGUAUGCUGUACAUGGCCCUCUUCCUCUUGAUCGACACGGGAAUCGCAGACGACGAGCCGCAGUCAUCGAGUCAAAAGGCAGCGGCCAAGGGUGCGAUUGUGAUGAUCUAUAUUUCAGGCUUUGGCUGGGCCUUGGGCUGGAAUUCCAUCCAGUACCUAAUCAACAGCGAAAUCUACCCUCUCCGCCUCCGAGCCAUCGGCGGCUCUUUCGCCAUGACAUUCCACUUCGUCAACCAAUACGGCAACUCCAAAGCCGUGCCGAAAAUGUUCAUCUCGAUGACAACAGGGGGCACAAUGAUGUUCUUCGCAGUCAUAACAGCCAUCGGCUUCUUCUGGACCUGGUUCUUCGUCCCCGAGCUCGCCAACAAGAGCCUCGAGGCCAUUGACGCCGUGUUCGAAUUGCCAUGGUACCUUAUCGGUCGCAAGGGCAAGCAGAUGACCCUGAACAUGGGCGGCGCAGUGGAGAACUUUGGGCAGGAAAAGGACAGGGUAGACAUGGUUGAAGAUGCUGGUGAUGCUGAGAAGAGGGGCUGA